AGAUUGAGAUAUAAAAAGAAAUGAAGCGGUAAGAUUCAUGAUCAGACAAAUACUCGUUGAAUUUGUCAGGUUACAAGAAAAGAGGAAAACAAAAAGCUGCCCAAAAAUUAAGAAAUUGUGUGCCUGCAAUUACACGAGGUGAAUUUUGUAUCGCUAAGAUUCUUCUCUUCUUUUUUCUUUUUCUUGUUGGUGAAGACAAAUUAAUUCAUCUCUUGACAAAGGAUCAAGAGGAUUAGACCUUCUCAUGUCACACAGAAACCUUAGGUGAUGAAGGGCAGUUCAUUGGAACUCAAAGGGUGGCACAAGCAAGUUGUUUGCAAGAAGCCCAAGAAACGUGGAAGCUGUAAAAAGAAAAUGACAAUGAUGCAUAAUCUUUAUGGUCAAAUUGAUUUGGCAACAUCUGCAAAAUAUCGAGCAGAGGAGGUUCUAUCAAGAUUGAGCACAAAAUAUCCAAGCUUUAUGAAGCCUAUGAUCAGAUCAAAUGUUAGUGGAGGUUUCUGGCUAUCUCUUCCAAGGUUAUUCUGCCAGCUGCAUAUGCCACGGCAUGAUAUAACCGUUACUCUGGUAGAUGAAAGUCAGGAAGAGUACAAAACAAAAUAUCUUGCUGAGAGGAAUGGACUCAGUGGCGGAUGGCGGGGUUUCUCGCUUUCACAUGACUUGGUGGAAGGAGAUGUUUUAGUUUUUCAGUUAUUCAGAUUCUGCAAACUGAAGGUGUACAUGGUCAGAGCCAAUUAUUUGGCUGAAGUUGACGCGGCACUUGUUCUUCUUCAUUUAGAUGCUCACCAUAAACAAAUUGAUCCUGUGCACCAAAGGCAGCAUAAUAUAAGUAUGAAACAAGUUGGGAUCAAGCGUCAAAGACUUUCCUCACAAGAAGGGGAUGAUUAUUCUACAGAAAACAUGUUACACAAACAUAGUCAUUCGACGAAUAUGUUCAAGAAUCUUGAUUUACCUUCAAAAGGACUGGCCUAUGAAACUCUUAAUAUUGUAGAUGCUGUAAAAGCCAGCAAACUCAGUGACCCUCCAAAUGGUAGUUUCUCAUCCUGGAACACAAGGCCAACCGAACUUGAGCAGUUAGAGAUGAGACCAUUUUCGAGUGGGUACUCCAUUGAACCAGCUUUAACUCUAUCAGGGGCAGAGAUGAUAUUUAGGCCGUGAAAGCGGCUGCUCCUCUUAUCCUUGAACUAUACUGUUGAAGUUGUAUACAAUGGAUUGUAAAAUCUUUUUUUUACA